GUUAUCCAAAAACAGUAGAGCAACCGCCAACCAAUAAUACUCAAUAGGCUGUCAUUAGUAAACGUAACAUUCGCCAUACAACGUCACUUCAUUGAACGGAUAAGAGACAGUAAGAGCACCGCACUGUAAGGUGGAUAUAAAAAUAUUUCGCCAUGCUAUUCUAAAGUCCAAAUUCCCGUACAUUGAAUGAUGUGCUUCAGUGAUUAAGUGCAAAAAAAAAAUUCUCAAAUCUCUUUAAUUCAAUUGUACAGCCCAUGUUCGAAGGCUGUAUUAAAACAACAAGAGAUAAAAAUUCAAGCAACCACAAUAACAAAAUUGACCGCAAACGAAGAUAUUCUUUGGUGUUCGUGCAUGAAUUUCAAAACAUUUUUACCCCCAUCCAGCUAACCAACCAACCAACCAACCUUCGUUCACCCACCCACCCUGCUACAUACUACAGCUGCUCUUUGUAAUUCCCAUCAUUCUUUAACUGUGUGAUUAGCACUUUUAAGGCUUUUGCUUUUGUUUUUGGAAUCGCCUUUUGUUUAUGUAACCUAAGUCAAGUAAAACAGAGUUGACAAAGAGAGAGAAAGAGAGAGAGAAUAAAAGAGAGUGAGCAAAGCCACAAAGCCUGAGUCUGAGAACAGAAUGGAUCCCAAUAUGUAUCGUAGCCACAGCAAUCUGACAAAAGAACCUUGGUUUUCUUAUUCCACACAACAAUUGGCUCCGGCUCGUGAGUCGGAGGGUAUUCUUAUCGCCACAGCCGCAACAGCAGCCAAUGAACGUAGAGGCGGUCAACAGAAAAGCAUCAUGGAUUGUUUGCGCGAUCGUACACCCAGUAGUUAUACGCGAUCCAACAGUCAUAUAGCACGUGCCAACGGUGGCAUAUUGCCAUCCAAUAAGCAAUAUAUCGAAAGUAUUUCACCACAAAAAGAGCCGCGAUCACGUCCCAUAAAAUUGACUCUACUCAAAAGUUCCAGCACUCGGGAUAUUUCGCGUCUAUUUGAAAAUCAAAGUACACCCACCCUUUUAUCCCAAUCCCCAGCCUUUACUUCUUCUACGGAUCUGCACAAAAUGACCACCAGCUCAUCGUUAUCAUCUGCAUCGACCAAUUGUUCCGGUUCCUGUUUAAGACACAUACAAAGCUUGGAAAAACGUAUUGGUGAUUUGGAAACACAAUUACAGCAACAAAAUUCAACUAGCCAAACAAUGGCCACACAAAUUGAAGAACUCAAUAAGAAAUAUGAAAUGCUAGUCAACAGUCGUGAUGCCGAGGGAAAUAAACGCAAAAAAUCAUCUUCGCCCAAACAAACAAAAAAGAAAACAGAAAACAGUGGAGGAGGAGGUGGUGCUUCCAUAGCAUUGCAACCUUCUAAAUUGGUGGCCUGGAUGAAAUUGUCAAAUUUUUGGAAACAACGUCCGAGUAUACAGACACUCAAAGAGCAAAAUAUUUAUAACGAUGAACCCUGUUUUGAUACUGAAAUCGAAAUGGUUCUUAAAGAUGAUGUCCAUAAGACAGUACCCAAAAUUGUAGUGGAUUGUUGUGUUUUAAUCGAGGAGAAAUAUCGCAAAUCUACCGAAGCCAUAGAGGGCAUAUAUCGCCAGUGUGGAGAUUAUAACAAAAUGCAAUCGAUACGUUUCUGCAUAGAUGCCAAUAACUAUGAUGCCCUAAGGCAGCCCAAUGUGGAUAUUCAUACCUUGGCGGGAGUCUUGAAACUAUUUUUGAGAGAAAUCAAAAGUCCUCUGGUAUCGGCCAAUGAGGCCAAAACGUUUAUAGGAAAACCAAAUCAGUGGCUGUUGACAGAUUUAUCCAACAAGCAGAAAAUCUUAAAAAAGCUGAUAUGUACCCUGCCCGAAGUCAAUAGAGACACCAUGGAGUAUUUGUUUGCCCAUUUUAACAGAUUGACCAAAGUCCCCUUGCAGCAUAUAAGUGCCGAAACUUUGGCCAUUUCCAUUACCCCUUCCAUAUUUCAUACCAUCCAGCAGGGAGCCCGCAUGCAGGAUAUACAUGAUCUGCUCAAGGAAAGUGAAAUUCUGGCCGAUUGUGUUAAAAUUAUGAUUGAAUAUCAUCAGAAAAUAUUCGAUAUGCUUCCUAGCUCUAGUCAAAAUCCAACUGAAACUAUUAUUGUGCCAAUACCUUUUCCCCGUUUCCAUCAAAUCAAUAAGAACUGAAUUCCAAAUUCUCACCUAUAAUCCUCACAUACACCACCCACCUACCUUGCUGUACUGAACACUUGCUUGCUCUUUUUCAACAUCAUUCAUUCAUAUUUUAGAUGUACUGCAGAUCGUAAAAAUCAGAAACAUCGCAUCAGUGUAAGAAACCUAAAGAAGACUUUGUCCCAUCCAGAUUUAUUAUUUCAAAAUUUA